UUGCAUUUGAGAGACGUUUCAAAAAGCCAAUGGAAAAAGCGUUUGCGAUGAACGCAGCCAAUAAUUCCCUAGUCAAGGCGGUUUGAAGAGACGCACCCCCGCAAACGGCUUUGCUCUGCGUUUGGUGAUCAUGAUUACACCGCUCAGUGCAAGACAAGUGGAAUGUAUGGUAGUUUCAGCAGAGGACGUGUUGUAGUGAACAACGAAAAGGAAUUAAUUUAUGGACAUUUAGCACUUCUGGUUGAGUGAAACCAAAACGCACAAGAACAUGAGUCUCUUGCACUGUUGCGUUGUAGUUAUAUUGCUCAAUUUAGUGCUUGGUUCUGAUUUUCAAGAGCGAAAUAGUCUAACGGGUAAUGCACGUCCCAGGUUUGUGAAGAACCGAAAAUUAGAUAGUGUUCAUAAUAUUAAAGAAAGAUCAACUGUGGACUUUCCUGUUUUAGAAGGACAUCAUAAAGUUGAAGAGAGAAGCACAGAUGUGGAUGGGGACGCUUGCAAAGCUCUUCACGGUUAUGAUUCACGAUUAGCCAACAACACUCACACCUACGUCUUCAAUGACCUGAGUGGCUCAGUAUCACUGGCUUGGGUGGGGGACGGCACAGGGGUCGUGCUGGCCUUGACAACUUUCCAGGUUCCAUUUUUCAUGCUGCGGUUUGGCCAGUCCAAACUGUACAGAAGUGAGAACUAUGGGAAAUCCUUCCAGGACGUGACAAAUCUCAUCAACAACACUUUCAUCCGUACUGAAUACGGGAUAGCGAUUGGUCCGGAGAAUUCUGGGAAGGUCAUCCUCACAGGCGACGUCUCGGGCGGCAAGGGAUCCAGGAUAUUCCGUUCGGUGGAUUUUGGGAACAGCUUCACCCAUUCCGACCUGCCGUUCCAUCCUCUGAUGCAGAUCAGCUACAACCCGCACGAUGCCAACGUGCUUCUGGUCAUCAGCAUCACUUAUGAUCUGUGGGUGUCGGAGGACUUUGGAGAGAACUGGAAAAAGAUACAUGAAAUGGUGUGCCUGGUCAAAUGGGGGACGGACAACACCAUCUUCUUCACCACGAACCCAAACGGAUCCUGCAGUGACCGAGGGAUGCUGGAGCUCCGGAAGACCUCGGAUUACGGGCGGAACUUCAAAACUGUCGGAAAAAAGAUCUUCUCCUUCGGCCUGGGCGGGCGCUUUGUCUUCGCCUCGGUCAUGACCGGGACGGGCACCCUUCGUAUGAUCCACGUUUCGGUGGACCAGGGGGACACGUGGAACAUGGCCCAGCUGCCCCCCGUGGGGCACGAGCAGUUCUACUCCAUCCUGGCGGCCAACGACGACAUGGUGUUCAUGCACGUGGACGAGCUCGGUGACACGGGGUUUGGCACCAUCUAUGUGUCGGAUGACCGCGGCACCGUUUACUCCAAAUCUCUGGAGCGCCACCUCUACACCACCACAGGGGGCGACACAGACUUCACCAACGUCACUUCCCUUCGCGGGGUCUACAUGACCAGCGUACUGGCCGAGGACGGCUCGGCGCAGACCAUGGUGACCUUUGACCAGGGCGGGGAGUGGAGGGCCCUGAAGAAGCCCAGGAACGGGAAGUGCGAUUCGACGGCCAAAGAUCCGGAGCUGUGCAGCCUCCAUAUCCACGCCUCCUACAGCACCUCCAUGAAGCUCAACGUCCCCAUGCUGCCCCUGACCGAGCCUAACGCCGUGGGGCUCAUUCUUGCCCAUGGGAGCGUGGGCGACGCCGUCUCCGUCAUGGCGCCCGAUGUGUACGUCUCCGACGACGGGGGCUACACCUGGCUUCGGGCCCUCGAGGGCCCCCACCACUACGCCAUCCUGGACUCCGGGGGCCUGCUGGUGGCCGUGGAGCACACCCCCUCCCAGCCCAUCUCUCAGAUAAAGUUUUCCACGGACGAGGGGCAGUGCUGGCACGUCUUCAACUUCACCGACGACCCGAUGUUCUUCACGGGCCUGGCGUCCGAGCCCGGCGCGCGCUCCAUGAACGUCAGCAUCUGGGGCUACCGCGAGUCUCUCCUCAGCCAGUUCUGGGUGUCCAUCACCAUCGACUUCACGCAGCUGCUCACCCGCGACUGCGGUGAGAAGGACUACGUGCAGUGGCUGGCGCACUCUGAUGACAUCAGCGACCCCACCGACGGCUGCAUGCUGGGGUUCAAGGAGAGGUUCCUGCGGAUGCGCAAGGACUCCGUCUGCUGGAACGGCCGCGACUACAUCGUCACCAAGCAGCCCACGCCCUGCCCCUGCACCCUGGAUGACUUCCUGUGUGAUUUUGGGUACUACCGUGCAGCCAAUAGCUCGGAGUGCCUGGAGCAGCCAGACCUACAGGGGCACGCUCUGGAGUUCUGUCUUCACGGGAAGAAGGAGCAGCUGCAGACCAGCGGGUAUCGGAAGAUCCCGGGAGACAAGUGUGAGGGCGGGGUCAUGCCGGAGCGCAAGGAGAUCGACCUCAGCAAGAAGUGCGUGAGCAACCUGCUGGGGCAGGAGCUGCUGAGGGAUUCCCACUACAGUUCCGUGCCCAUCGUUGCUGCAGUCAUCGCCAUCCUGCUCAUCAGCACGGUGGCAGGCGUUCUCUUCGUCAAGAAAUACGUGUGUGGCGGCAGGUUCUUGGUCCACAGAUACUCUGUGCUGCGGCAGCACGCCGAGGCCAAUGGGAUCGAGGGGAUUGACGAGCUGGACAGCCACGUGGCCGAGUCUGGCAAGAGCGACUACCACGACGACUCGGACGAGGACCUUCUGGAAUGAGAUGGAGAGCCAGAGAGACCGGCCACCACUUCGAGGGCCAAGCUGGGAAAAUCCGCACCCCCACCCCCCCACCCCCCCAAAAAAAACAUUUCCCUGCUCUCAGCCUGCUCCCCCUGAGCCUCUCUGUGCCCCUACCUGGUCACUAACAUCGCUGCUGCUUCCUGUGCCCCCCCAUCCUUCUAUCACCAUGGAAACCUCUGGCAGCUCCACCUGUGAGGGAGAAGGGCCGUUCUCACGACUCCUGCCAUCUCUUUCUGUCGGUUGUGUUGCAGCUGUGGGAGAAAUGAACUUGACCAGCAUGCGAGAGAGCUGGAAAAACCAAGGGGCGGGCUGAAGGACGCGAGGCUGAGCUCAGCAACGUGUGAAAGGCGUUCAUGCUGUCACGACCCUGCAUCAAGCUUUUCUGAUACAGCUUCCCUGUUCAAAUAAACGCGAAGAGAUGUUGUAAAUACAGACAGACGAAAGCGUGGUACUGGAAUAAUUUUGACGUUGUGUGUCACAGCUGUGCUCCACCGUUGGCUUGCUCCUUUUUUUUCCAGCGUCGAAUCCCCAAUCUGAAGGACAUCACGCCUUGAAUGACAUCAUGGAGACAUGCAAUUCAACGAAACUCACCAAUACUGGAUGUGAACUAUUCUUCAAGGCCAGAGCUACACGAUCUGCUGUAAUGGAUACAAUCAUUAUUCUUAAAUUAAAGAAUUUAAAAGGAUGAAAAAUAUUCUAAGCUAAAUGGGUUCAUCCUACUACCAUCCCCCCUACCCCCCCCUAUCCCAUACACACACACACACACACACAGUUUGCUACUCCACUUGCUGAGUACCCCCGGCUUGAUGUAUUGGAAUCACCGGGAAGUGAAUUAGACUGCUAAAAUGUGACACAACUGUAAGCCCAUGUAGUAACAGGAUUCUGCUGGAAAAAAGUAUUCACGUGUAGAAUGUCUUGAGCAAUAAAAUUGUCAGACGCAAUAAUUAUUAAUAAUCACAUUCCACAGAACAGUGUUCCUCUUGUUCUUCAGAUACAGAUAUGUUGAAUUAAAAGAAAGUACAUUUUAAUACAAAUCACUGUCCAUUUUAGGUUCACCCCAACCCUGCUUUAGUGGUCUAAAGAAAAAUGGUCAGUCAUUGUGAAAUUUAUCCUGUUGGUGUGUUCAUGGAUAUUCCAAUGUACAGAUCAGAUUUUUUCCCUGGGCAUCAAGCUUUCUGCUGUAGCCAGCAAGAACUAAAACAGAUGUUUGGUAUCACUUUUGUUGUCUCUUGGCAGUGGCAGAAUCCUAACGGUGCACAAAAUAUGUAGGCUGGUAUGAGUCACUCUCUGCCUUUUCUCUGCUCAGCUGAUUAGCCAACUGGUCUUCCAAAAAUAAAGAGGAUAACUCUUUGAUAGCUGUAGUCACUGUCGACUAUGAAGACCAUCCCCAAAAGCAAAAAACUUAAAAUAUUAAUCAGAAAAAUAUUUUCUGUUUAGUAACACUUUAAGUUUUCACCUCUUUUCCUUAUCUAUAUAUAUUUUUCACUUGGUUGUGACCGGGAGUAUUUGCUUCACUGCUCAUCAGAAAGCUGUCGUUGCAGGGAGGAAUUUUUAAGCUGUCGCACUUGAACAUUUUGCAACCAUUUCUAUAGUGAAGAGUAGGGUCAUACUUCAGUUCAUGAGUAUCGCUGGAGCUGUUCUGAGGCUGACUGUACAUGCAUUAAAGGUAGCUAGGAACAGUUUAUCAUUUGCCAUUUGCUGGCAGGGUUUAUUAAGCUAUUGUGGAUAUUAAGGUCCAGGAUUGACAAAAUGUGACAGAUUAUCUUAAAUGGUUCGCCACCGGGAACUAACGUAGUCCAAAAGGAGUGGCAAUAUUUUAGACCCACAAACGACAGAAACUUGUUAGAUGCCAUCAUUCCCAUAAGUAAAUGGAGAUCAACAGUUACAACAGACCUGGAGCUUAUUGACCUGUGAAGGAAAUUUGCAAUGUAUGUCAAUAUAAAACCUAAUAUGUAGGAACAGGGACACAUGGAGUAUGCAAAUUUCUGCUCUAUUUGUUGUUACAAAAUGUUACUUGAAUAGAAGAUCCAAGCGGUCUGGUCCCAAUUGAAUUAUGUGGUCUUUGAGCUAAUAGUCUUGAGAACUUUAAGCAAGUUGGACAUAUUUCUGUGAAGCACAGAGAUGUCUCAAAAACAAUUCCAGUCAAGGUGAAAAAAUGAAACCUAAUUGUCCUACCUUCAUACUACAUAAGAGUACUUAAGACUCAUUUUUUCACCAUUAAUAUUGCAGCCAGGUACAUUUUUUCCAUUGGGUUAAAAUGCACCCACAUCUGUGCUUUUACUCUUCUGUGGUAUUUAACAUGCAUUUAUACAUUUGUACAUUAAACACGAGACAACUGACAGUAGAAGGUACAUUUUUGACUAGCUUGCAUUAAUGGUUCCUUCCGCAUGGCCUUCCCUUCCUAUGAAUUGGUAAACCAUCAUCAUGGCCGAAUUCAGCAUUCACUGUAAAGGUGUAGACGCUAAAGUUGGAAUUAGUCACUUAAAAGCAAGGUGCACUCUGAAAAAUAGACACAUUACAUCGGCUUCAUUGUCGGUCUGGCAUGAUGUUCAGUAAUGAGUGUGGACAUUAUUUCCUCUGCAUUAACAUGGCAGACAAGCUAACUUGCACAUCAAAUAUGGACAGACUUGCUUCAGGAGACUGAUUCUGGCACUCUGUCUUCUGAGUGCUCUCUACUGAUUAAUUUUCUGAGAGUUGGCUUUCAAACUUCCUAUAUCUUUUUUCAGACCAGGAGAAUCUAUGCCAAGACUUGCUUUGUUAUGCUUGAUUUUUGAGCUCUAAUAUAAAUGACUGGCAGCUCUUGAUUAAAUUCAUGAGGCUCAUGGUUUAUUAAAACUGAAGAACCAUUAUGAUGUAUGGUAUGAUAUGGCUGAUGACACAUUUCCGAUAAAGUGGCUGUACAUAGAGUCUGUGGUGGCUAAAUGGUGUAUACAAAAAGACUUCUAACUUUGUAAUGCUAUGGUUUUUUUCUGUAUAUUUGAGAAAAUAUCGUGUGAUUUACAAAUGGACUUCCUGGUACUUCCCAGUACUUUUACAAGGCAGAUUUUUCUUUUCUUCAUAAUAAAUAUAGUAAAUUCAAAA